AGCCGUCAGUCCAGUGUUCCGCUGCAACGGAUUGCAGAACCCGGCUCAAACCUUUAUUUUACUAUUUCAAUAUCACCACCCGAGCCGACUCUCACGCAUCGUUUGGAUUUUCCACCCUGUCGUGCAGUGUCUGCAAGCAAGAUGAUGCUCCGCUUCGUCCUCUUCGCCCUUUUCGCGACAUCUGCACUCGCAACAGUCCCAUCCUACAUACGAGUUUGUGGGCGGAAAGACCCUGACCUGGACAAAUGCGUUCUGGCGAGCGUGAGCUCGAUGACCAACAAGCUGGAAGUGGGAAUUCCUGAACUGGAUGUCCCAUCUCUUGAACCCAUGACUCUCGACAAGAUCAUACUUUCGGACCACAGCAGCUUGAGAGCGAUUGCGACGAACGUCAAGCUCUUCCACUUAUCCAAUUUCAUAUGCAAGUUCCUCCACGUCGAUUUGGAAAAUCAGACAAUCGACAUGCAGCUCACGUUCCCCCAGGUCAGGCUGGAAGCUGAGUACAACGUGACGACGAAGAUCGUCAACGUGCCCAUCAACGGGAUAGGACCGAUGAUAAUCGUUACCGACGACGUCGAGGCCAAGGUGGGCAUGAAGUUCCGACUGGUCGACCAUAAGGGGGCAAAGUUCCUCUACUUCCCUACCAUGACGACGAGCCUGCUUAUCAAGGACUACACGUCGAAAUUCACGCCUCGUCCGGGACCAGACGGAGCCUUGGCUGAAGGAAUAAACGCGGCCCUGCAGGACAACCGAAAGGAGAUAAUCCCCUUGAUCAAGCCGAACCUCGAGCAAGUAAUCACCGAGCGCGUGCUUGAGCUGUCAAACAGAAUUUGCAAACACUUCAGCUACGACGAGCUUUUCCCCGACCGAAUGUAGGAGAAGAGUUGAUCGGAGGGCGUCGAAAAAUGUUUACUCGCAAGGGUUCAGCGAAUAUUGCUCAUUGAUGGGUGGGCAGCUUGUACAAUAACUAUCGAUAACCUGCACUUUCUUGGGUAUUCGUUUAUUCGGACGGCAGGUCUUCAACGCGUUUUAUUAUAGAAUGAUUAACAUGGGAUGACAAACUCGUUGGUUACAUGAGAAAGCUACGCCUCGCGAGUGCGUUACUCAAAUUAUUAUUUAGGUAGCGUAAAACUCGUUCCUCCUUACGCGUAAGAUUCGCGCCGUUUAAUGCCAUUGUAGAUUUAAAUUAGAGAUAGAGGUAUAACGACGUACUGGACUUGUUGAUUUGUAAGAAACAUGCGCCGAGCUAUGGCCCAACAAAUAAAAUGGAGAAGAAAAAACGGAUUCGAAAAAAAAUUAAUCGUUUAACUUACCACCCGCGUUUACUAUCCGGUAACUAUUAUUAUACAACCAAACCUGUUAUCCUCGCUCCACAGGUUUUUGUUUUUAUUUCCUCUCUAUUCCUUCGGUUCAAGAUUAUUACGCAUAAUCACCCGUUGAUCAUUCGUGUUCGGCGGGUCUCCUCAGAUUAUUAAUUGUCUUAUAUCUAUGCAUCGGUUUGUUAUUCCGCUGCGUGUGCACUGCCAUUUAACACCUUCGAAGAGCAUGCUUGUUAUUUUUUUUUAAUAUUAUACGCACAUCACCCGGCGGCGAUGCAAUUAUUUCAUCAUCUUUUUCUUGUCGCAAAAAGAUUGUGGUAAGUCGAUCGUGAACUACAAAGUUCACGUAAUCGUUUGACUCGGUAAAUGGUAAUGGGAAAAAUUUAUUUCACAUAUAUCUGUCAAUAUCUUACAGGUAUGUAUAAUGACAGAUAUUACAUGCUCUUUAAGUAUAAAAUUUACCUGUACCUAGAACCAUAAUCUAUUUAUAUAUUAAUUAUAUAUAUUUUAGUGAAUAUCGUCAGUUCAUCGAUAUCUUAUAAACUAAUUUUCGAGGAUUGAUGCUCGUUCAAACGAGCCUGCAUGUCAAGUGCAUGUAAUAGAUGAGGAUUUCAAAAAUUCUCCACGUCAUUUAAGCCGCGCGCUUUAUAAAAAAAAAAAGAAACGGUGAUCGUUAUCGAUAUCUUAAAAAUUUCCUACUUCAACGUUCUAUCACGUCGAUCUUUAAUUGUCCGGGAACAAUUGUUUGUACGUAAAAGGCUCGACGAUUCUGUUCGAAAUUUCCAGGAACGACUCCGACAAAGCCUUCUCUAUCAGAGGCUUCAGUUCCCUGAUGAAGGCGUCGAAGUUGUUGUUUAUCGCCGCGUUCACAACGUCGCCAAGGGUU